AUGCUGCCCUCCAUCGUUGUGUCAAUCGCUGAGAGCGCGCGGGAUUCUCCCGUCGUGGAGUCCCUGCUUUCCCGCCAGGACAGGCUCCUCGCGACGGUUUUUCUGCUUAUCAUUUCCCUCCUCUUCCUAUUCCAAUGUAGGCGAAGGAGGAAGAACCGAAUAGCUGCAACCCGGUUGGACGACAAGGUCAUUCUGAUCACCGGGGCCGGCAGUGGCAUUGGCCAAUUGCUCGCGGUUCGGCUAGUCGAGCGGUGCAGCGGUUUGAAAGGUUUGAUUCUGUGGGACAUCAACGAAACGGGGUUGAAGAAGACCAUGCAGCUCAUUCGCAACAGCACGGGGAAAGAACGGCAGAUUGUUGAAAAAAUUGAUAAUCAUCUCCACAAUCAAGAUCGGGAUAUUGGUGCUGAUGAUCAUGCGCCUGGUAAAGCCGAGCAACCUUCUACAACAAGCCAACUGGACGUCGACCAGAAUAACAAUAAACUCUUCGCCACAACGCAACUCGUGGACGUGUCCAACCGCGCGCAAGUGUUCCAAGCGGCGGAAAAUUUAGUGGAAAAGAACAAAUCCUACCCCUUGGUUUAUGAAUUGCAAAAGCAUCGUACUAGUAGUAAUUGCACGACAAAUUUGCUCAGCAUGAGAAACGGAAUUUGUCAUGCUGUUUAACCUUGGGAUGGCGAUUUGUAAUGCAUGAUUGCGAUUACUACGAGUGCGAUACUUUUGCACAGGAUAUGGUCCCGGAUUUGCUAAUUUUGAACGCGGGCGUCGUGAAAGGGAACGAGUUUGUCGAGUUCAAGUCGGAGCAAAACAUCCGGCAGGUAUCCUGUGCAAAAGUAUCGUACUCGUAGUAAUUGCAGUCACGCAUUACAAAUCUCGUUCCCAACGCAAAUCAGCAUGUCAAAUUCCAUUUGUCAUGCUGAGCGAAUUUGUGUUGCAAUUACUACUAGUACGAUACUUUUGCAGUUCAUACCAGCUGUUCGACGUGAACGUUUUUCACCUCUUCUGGUGUGUGCAAGCGUUUCUACCGAAGAUGAUGCAGAAGAGGCACUGGAACCGAAUCGUGACCGUGGCCUCCGCGUCCGGCUCCGUCGGCGUCCCCCGGUUGACGGAUUACUGUGCGAGCAAGUUCGCGGCGCAGGGGUUCCACGAGUCUCUGACGGCGGAGCUGCUGUUUCGGAAAAGGUAUGGCAAUGCAAAAGUAUCCGUAUCCGAUAUUCGUGCGUGGAAUCGAAAUUGCAAAUUGCAGUGUCCCGACCGAGGUGGUCUCCUAGGAUCUUCCAAAUCACGAUUGCAAGAUUCAUUGUUCCUUCGUUCUGCAGCUUCAACAUUUGCAAAUUCUUUUGUCUAAAGGGCAAUUUUGAAGUAAAGUACCGCGAUGGCGAUAAUUUUGCAUUGCAUAAGGAGAGGAGUAACGACUUGAUCCACACGGACACAGUUGUGGUGAAUCCAUCUUUGACGAGUACCAGCAUGUUCCACGGGGCGGUGGCGACGAAUAACUUUUUGCUUCCAAGUUUGACGCCGGAAUACCUGGUGGGGAAAAUCAUCGAAGAGUCCAUUUUCGGUGACACGGAAGACCUGCGGAUACCCUUCAUGGUGAAGUGUGGGCCGGUAUUGAAGCUGAUGCUACCGACGAAGUGGUCGCAGUUUAUCGUGGAGAAAAUUGGCGGGAAUUACGACAAUUUUGCAACGUCGGGGACGAGAACAACGCCAAGCGAGUUGGGGGAAAUGAAAAAUGAACAGAAUGUCGUGAAGGCUGCGAAAAAGAUGAACUAGUAUGAUUUUUUGCUAGGUUAAGGUUAUUCCCACGGUUUUUAAUUUUAACACCGUGAUGUGUACGAUUAUUCGAAAUUUAGAUUUAUCUGAGUUUGAUCGCAGCUUCAGGCAAGUCAUUGGCUUUUCAGGAGUUUCUUGUACUACAUUUGUUUCUAGAGCUCGGUCAUCGACAGCUCCGUUUCUGCUGGUUUCUGAUCCUGUUUCUGGAUUACCGAAUUUUUUUGUGAGGAGCAAAGGCGCAGUGCUUUUUUCCUGACAUCAAGACCGGGCUUUUUCAUUGACGCUAUCGAAUGCAAAUGCAAUCUACCCUGGAGAAG